UGCCCUCCGACCCUCCCUCCUCACCGCGGCUCCGGGCGCCGCCACACAUCCACGGCGGCGAUGGCUCAGGCCAACAUCUCGGUGACGGAGAGCCAGUUUCGGUGUCCCAUCUGUCUGGACCUGCUGAAGGACCCGGUGUCCAUCCCGUGCGGACACACCUACUGCAUGGCGUGCGUCAGCGGCUACUGGGACCAGGCGGAGCCGGGGCGCUUCAGCUGCCCCCAGUGCCGAGAGACGUUCAGCCCGCGGCCGGUGCUCCGCCGGAACACGGUGCUGGCGGAGGUGGUGGAGAAGCUCAAGCUGAGCGACACCUUCGCCGCGCCUCCCGAGGUCUUCCGAGGCGCAGCCGGCGAGGUGCCGUGCGACUUCUGCCCGGCGGAGAACAAGCUGACGGCGGUGAAGUCGUGUCUGGCCUGUCUGGCCUCCUUCUGCGAGCUCCACGUCGCGCCUCACCGAGAGGUGGGGACCCUGCGGCGGCACAAGCUGGUGGCCGCCGUGGAGUCUCUGUCGGAGCGGCUGUGCGCGCAGCACCGCCUCGCUCUGGAGCCCGCGGGGAGCGGCGCCGAGGCGGAGGAGGCGGUGGGAUGGACGGGAGACUGCCUGCUGUGUGAGGCGGACCAGGAGGAGCUCAGCCAUGUGGACUCGCAGAGAGCCAGGAGACAGCUGCAGCUGCGCGAGUGUCAGAGGAUGGUCCAGCUGAAGAUGCGGGGAGCUGAGAGAGAACUGGAGGAGUUCCGACAAAACCUGGAGACUCUCAAGGUGUCUGUCUCGGCUGUUUUGGAGGACAGUGAGGCUCUGUUUGCUGACAUGGUCGCCCGCCUGGAGAAAACCAAAGCUGAGGUCCGAUCGCGACUGGAGGCCAAGGAGCGAGCGGUGGUAGCUCGAGCAGAGCGGGACAUGGAGAUGUUCGAGAAGGACCUGCAGGAUCUCCGGAGCAGAGACGAGGAGAUCAGCCAGCUCCUGCUAGAUGAAGACAACGAGCGCUUCCUGCAGGCUGCUCCGCUGCUGUGCCUUCCUCCAGCCACCGGGCGACAACCUCGGUCCCUCAACCUGCCAUCGGAGAGCCUCAGCGGUGCCCAGGGGGCGCUGUGCCACUUCCGCAGUCGCAUGGAGGAGGUCUGCAGGGAGGAGGUGGACAAGAUUAGCCGAGCAGUGAACGAGAACCACGUGGCCGGCGCCGAGUGUGUUAAAGUGAAUUCCAAACCUCCGCAGUCGCCUGGGCCGGAGCCUGCAGCAGCGGUGCCACUUCUGUCCAACCUGACGCUGCAGCCGGCGGAUCAGAGGAUGCGAGCAGCUUUCCUCCGCUUCGCCUGCCGCCUGUCUUUCGACCCCAACACCGCCCAUCCCACCUUGGUCCUCCUCGAAACCCCUCCAAGCGCCCGCUGCGGGGAAGAGCCGCAGUCUUACCCCCCUCACCCUCAGCGAUUCGACUCUGUGGCGCAGGUCUUGUGCAAGGAGGGCCAGUUCGGUGGCGCCAGCUACUGGGAGGUGGAGUGGUCGGGCGGCGGCUGGAUCGACAUCGGGGUCACGUACCGCGGGAUCGGACGCAAAGGCGGUGGGAAACCCUGCCUUCUGGGGCGCAACGAAAACUCCUGGAGGCUGAGGUGUACUCACGCCGGCUACGCUGCCUGGCAUGAAAAUCGCAAGACCACAGUAGCGGCGCCGCCUUGUCCCAGGAUCGGGGUCUUUCUAGAGCGACAGAAAGGAGCUCUGUCGUUCUACAGCGUGUCCGACACCAUGAUGCUGCUGCACACCUUCCGCUGCCCCUUCACUCAGCCACUUUAUCCUGCUUUCCGUCUGGAUCUAGACUCCACCUUGCUCAUCUGCCCCCUUGAGGCCGGCAACGGAAGUCAGAAUUAACGCUCACUUUACACAGGAUGCUUUAGUAUAAUAAAUACUGGCGUAGAAUAGAGAUGCAGAGAUUAUUGGACUGACUAUUGAGUUUUGUUUACAUCUGCGAAAAUAUGUUUUGACCAAAUAAAUUCUGCCAUUUAACACUAAAAACCAUCUUCCUGCCUUCGAGUGGAAAAAGCAAAAGCCAUAUUGUUAGCAUUGUCAGGUUAGAAGUAGAGAUGAAGCUUCAUGAAUCACAAUUGUUUAAACAACUGUUUUAGUGAAAUGAUUCUUAGAGUGACUCUGAAAACGAGGGUGGGGCUUCAUGAAGCUUCAGCAGUCCAUCAUGAGUUAAAGGGUGAGACUGAAUGUGAUGUGAAGCUUGUGAUGUUUUGCUGUUGUAUCCUGGAGACAGUCUUCUAAGUGACCUUACUCAUGACUCCAAUGUACGCCAUACUGAAGAGCCUUUGUCAUGCAUAAAUGGGGCUUCCAUACAUGUCACUGCAGGAUGCCUUGAAACUGUUACUUUAUUCUACAACUGACGUUGUGUGCAAAACACACACAACUGUAUUCUUUGUUGAUGGUACAUGAAGGAAUGUGUAUUGUGCUAUUGCAUUCAACUAUAAAGUGCUUUAUUUUUCAAGCUGUAGCAGAGAUGCAGAAUCGCAAUGCUGUGUGUGUAAAUAAAUCUGUGUGUAGCAUUUUCUCCACUUGUGUCUUAGUUUUCUGUUUUAAUGAAGCCAUUAGACUCAAACAGAGUAGGAAUUAUUCAGAAGCCUAUUUGGCGGUCAAUAUGGAGACGUAUAGUGAUCGAUGUUUUGAGAGUUUCAGUUUCAUUUGACAGACAAAAUGAAGACUACAAAUAGUAAUGAUAUUACUAUAUUGAUAGUGUGUCCCAUUAUUUAUGUUCUCUCAUGAGUCGAUAUCUGCAUGGAAUUUAUUCACAAUGGAAUUUCAGAAAUGUGUGUUUUUCUUUUAUUG